AAGGGCGUCUUCCCUGGGAGACCAGACACAGAGGUCUAGGCGGCUGGGAAAAGGGAGCACAGGGUCACAGGGCGUCCCCAGAAGCCUGCAGAGGUGUGUCCCUCCACAGCCGAAAUCUCAGUGCCAGCUGUUUGUUUCUCCACCAUAGCAGCUGGGAAACUGUUCCUCGGGAGCCGCACCUUCAGCAAGAAAACCAUUCUCUCUAGAGAGGACCAAUGGAGCCAUGUAAUUUGAAAGCUCUUGGAUCAUUUUAACUGGACAGCCAAGGUUGACACCAGCUGAAGUCCCUGGACAAGUAUCACUCCCUUGGAAGCCUGCUUCGAAUUUAGAACUUCAGAUCUCUGCCUGGCAGAUUAACUAACGACAAGGAAGACUGGCCUUACCUCCGUUCCCAGUGCUGCCCUUUACAAGACCUCUGCGACAGACUGUAGCCCAAGCCCCCUUGCUGCCCUGUUUACCCCAGACAUCUUUCUGGGGUCCACUUGAAGUCAGCAGCUUGAAGAUGAGCAGCACCCUCUUAGCAUGACGACCUUGGACCAUGUCAUUGCCACCCACCAGUCAGAGUGGGUCUCCUUCAGUGAAGAGCCAUUGUUCCCCACCCCUUUAGAGGGGGGCACUGAAGAGCACUUCCCAGGACUGUCAUCUUCCUCAGAGCGGUCUGAGAGCUCCUCUGGGGAGAACCAUGUCGUGGAUGAAGGCUCCCAGGACCUUUCACACUCUGAGCAGGAUGACUCCUCUGAGAAAAUGGGACUCAUCUCUGAAGCAGCCUCCCCUCCGGGGAGCCCCGUGCAGCCCACACCUGACCUGGCCUCAGCCAUCAGCAACUGGGUCCAGUUUGAAGAUGACACACCCUGGAGCAGCACCUCACCACCUCACAAGGAAACAGCCCUCACAUUGACCAUGCCCUGCUGGACAUGCCCUUCCUUCGACUCUCUGAGAAGAUGCCCUUUGACGUCGGAGAGCAGUUGGACCACGCAUUCUGAGGACACCAGCAGUCCCAGCGUUGCUCCUUCCUACACAGACCUGCAGCUCAUCAAUACCGAGGAACAGGCAAGCGGCAGGGCUUCCGGGACCGACUCUACCGACAACUCGUCCUCCCUCCAGGAAGAUGAAGAAGUAGAAAUGGAAGCCAUCAGUUGGUGGGCAGGCAGUCCAGCCAUGAAUGGGCAUCCUGCCGCUCCACCGGUGACCACAGCUCGUUUCCCCAGCUGGGUCACUUUUGAAGACAAUGAAGUCGGCUGCCCUUCGCCGCCAGUCCCCUCUCCAAAGAAGCCAAACACCCCAUCUGCCGCAACUGCCGCCCCAGAUGUACCUUUCAACUCAACUGGGUCAUUUAAGAGGGACCGUCCCAAGAGCACACUGAUGAACUUACCCAAAGUUCAAAAGUUGGACAUUUCCUCCUUAAACCGGCCACCUUCUGUAAUCGAGGCCCCACCCUGGAGGGCCACCAAUCCUUUCCUGAAUGAGACUCUGCAGGACGUACAGCCCUCGCCUAUCAACCCGUUCAGUGCUUUCUUUGAAGAGCAGGAAAGGCGCUCCCAAAACAGUUCCGUUUCCAGUACCACCGGCAAAAGCCAAAGAGAUUCUCUGAUUGUCGUCUACCAGGAUGCCAUCAGCUUUGAUGAUUCAGGCAAAAGCCAGCCCCACCCCGACGCCAUCGAAAAGCUCAAGCAACUCCAAAUUGAUGAUCCUGAUCCCGUCGGCAAUACAGCCCUGCCCGAUGACGACCCCACGGCCUCGGUUGAACUGGACGCCCCCUCACCUGCCUCAGCGCUCUCUCAGCCCAGGGACGGGUGGCCAAUGAUGCUGCGAAUCCCCGAGAAGAAAAACAUCAUGUCCUCUAGGCACUGGGGACCAAUCUACAUCAAACUGACAGCCAGCGGUUACCUGCAGCUGUAUUACGAGCAAGGCUUAGAAAAGCCAUUCCGGGAAUUCAAGCUGGAGAUCUGCCACGAGGUGUCGGAGCCCCGGCUCCAAAACUAUGACGAGAACGGGAGGAUCCACAGCUUGAGGAUAGACCGGGUCACUUACAAGGAGAAGAAGAAAUACCAGCCCAAACCUGCUGUGGCCCACGCAGCGGAACGGGAACAGGUAAUUAAACUGGGCACCACCAACUACGACGACUUCCGGAGCUUCAUCCAUGCGGUUCAGGACCGUCUCAUGGAUUUACCAGUGCUGUCCAUGGACCUGAGCACAGUCGGCUUAAACUACCUCGAAGAGGAGAUCACGGUGGACGUCCGAGACGAGUUCUCUGGCACAGUGGGCAAGGGAGACAACCAGAUCUUACAGCAUCAUGUCUUGACACGGAUCCACAUACUGAGUUUCCUCUCUGGGCUCGCCGAGUGCCGCUUGGGCCUCAAUGACAUCCUCAUCAAAGGGAACGAAAUCGUUUCCCGGCAGGACAUCAUGCCCACCACCACCACCAAGUGGAUCAAGCUCCACGAGUGCCGUUUCCACGGGUGCGUGGACGAGGACGUGUUUAACAGUUCCCGGGUUAUUCUGUUCAACCCUUUGGACGCAUGCCGGUUUGAGCUCAUGAGGUUUAGGACCGUAUUUGCCGAGAAGACCUUGCCCUUCACACUCAGGACCGCAGCGAGCAUUAACGGGGCGGAAGUAGAGGUGCAGAGCUGGCUGAGGAUGUCCCCCGGCUUCUCCUCUAACCGCGACCCUCUCACUCAGGUUCCCUGUGAGAACGUAAUGGUCCGCUACCCAGUGCCCAGCGAGUGGGUGAAAAACUUCCGCAGGGACAGCGUUCUAGGGGAAAAGUCUUUGAAAGCCAAAGUGAACCGGGGGGCAAGUUUUGGUUCUGCCGGUGCCUCUGGCUCCGAGCCCGUCAUGAGAGUAACUCUGGGAACGGCCAAGUAUGAGCACGCCUUCAACUCCAUUGUGUGGAGGAUAAACCGGCUGCCAGACAAGAACUCAGCUUCUGGCCACCCACACUGUUUCUUUUGCCACCUUGAGCUUGGCUCUGACCGGGAAGUGCCUUCCAGAUUUGCCAACUAUGUAAACGUUGAGUUCAGCAUGCCCACGACUUCUGCCUCCAAAGCAGCCGUGAGAUCCGUGUCUGUGGAGGACAAGCCUGACGUCAGGAAGUGGGUCAAUUAUUCUGCACACUACAGCUACAAGGUGGAAAUUGAACAGAAAAAGAGUUUGAAGCCAGACUUUGAGGGAGAGGACUUGGAAAACCCAAAGGAAUGUGGGGUACAGUGACAGGGACCACCCCUCAAGGAACUCAAGAGUGUCUUCCCGAAUAACUCAAGUUUAAGUCAACACCUGCUGUGGCUGCUCUGUGGGGGGCAGUCUCCCUGGGUUUCCUGUGUGCCCUUACCUGUGGGCCCCAGGGAAUCCUCAGGGGGCUGCUUCCAAUAGGCUCCCCGGCACUGAGCAUGCCUGAAGCAUGUGACGCCCCCGGCUUCUGGAGUUUACUAUGGAUUGAGCCCCCUUGUCUCUUUUCUGCUUACAUCGUGGCGCUGGUAUGUGGUUGGCAGUGACGAUCAGAGACCUGAAAAGAAGCUCCAACAUCAGUGUCAGCAGUUUGUCCCCAGUACUCACGGGUCCCUUGUAUGUUUCUGGAAAAAAGUAGCCUUGACAGUUGAUUAAGAAUCCAUCUCUGAUGCUCCCUCUAUAAAAGAUUCAAAGACUCCCAAAGCCAUUUCUCUGGGCCUGCUUUUCGAGAUACCUCUAUUUCUUUUUUAAAUGGUGGCAUUCUGCAGCAGAGGGUUUCCAAAUGUCUCCCUUCUGGUUCUGGAUUUGUUCAAGAUCAAAACGCUCUUCCAGAUCCCUCCUCUCCCAUUUGCUAUCCUAAAUCAGGGCGCUCUGUGGCAAAGCCCUCCCUAUCUGAUCAUUUCAAAUUCGGGUGUUGCAGCUUAAGUCUACAGAUGGACUAGACUGGAUUCACAGUCUGUUGGGGGGGAAAAAAAAAACGAUCUUAUUUUUCUUCCCUUGAAGGAAAAGGAGCAUUAAAUGUCAGCUUAUAUUCAGUUCAGAGGACAGCUUCAAUCAUAAAAUAUGCCAGAUUCUCACUGGUCACUUUAAAUUCCCGAAAUAGAGUCAUGGCUGUAAUUUCAUGUGUGUAGAAGAGACACUUGGAAUUUCCUUUUAUACCUCAGAUACAAUGACUGUUACACAUCUCUUCCCUCAAAAUCUAGAGACAUUUAAGCUUAAAAGAUCGUUGUAAAAGCUGUGUUUGAAUGAUCUUUACCCCAAAUUCCAAGGUUGGUAGUUAAAAUAGUGUCAAAGUUCAAAAGGCACCAGGUGGCGGCGGCACACACCUUUAAUCCCAGCAUUUGGAAGGCAGAGGCAAGUCUGCCUGAGUUCAAAGUCAGCCUGACCUAUAGAGUGAGUUCCAGGACAGCCCUGGGUGCAGAGAGAAAUCCUGUCUAGAAAAACCAAAACCAAAACAAAAAGGCAGAAGGCUCCAGAGUAGAGCUGGGGAAAGCCAGUCUCCAGUGCCAAGAAUGUGAAAUCCUGAUUCCAGGACUCAGGCCAGCCUCCUUUUCCCUCCCUCCCCGCCCCCUGCUUAUUUGUACUCUGGUAAAUUCUCUCAAGAAGAAGACAGUGAGAGGACAGAAUGCAUAUUUUAUCAGACUUGGGGAAUAUGUGGAAAUAAAUAGAAAAGAUCUGUAGUUUGGGACAAAGCGACUCGAGCUUUUUUUCAGCUCAUAUUCAGUGAGCUAUGUACUGACUUAGGCAUUAGAAACCAUUGCCGUGUUUUGAACCAUAUGUUUAACUCUCUAAGCAUUAGAUUGAAAUGAAAAGGACAAGCUGCAUGGGCCUAGAUGGGAAGACCUGUAUUUUGAGAGUUUAAAAUGUCACCCUUUGAGCACAGAGGUGUGUGUGUGUAUGUGUGUGUGGUGUGUGUGUGUGUGUAGUGUGGUGUGUGUUGAUGAGAACUAGGGAGAUUUGAUAUUGUAACAGUCCAUAUAGAAAUGUUUUUUUGAGGAGUUCAGUUUUGAAGCAGGAAUAGAUCCACGGCUGGUCACAAAGCUAAUGCCGUCCAUCUGUGGUGGUAGGUCUUUAACAGCUGUGCAUGAUGCAUCGGCCAGCACACGCCUGAGUGGAGGCUUACAUUCAAGUCUAGCUACUGUAUUUUAGGGGAGACAUUAAUAAGUUGACCGUAUCCACAGGCAGGUGACCCCUGGUUAUAGAAGGAGGGGGGAGGUGCAGCUCUCCAGCAGAGCAGAGGGCAUGGCCGGGAAGGGAGCGCAGGGAAGUUGGGGAAUGAGGUAAUGGUCAAUUACCAACCAGGGUUUCCGCAGAGCUAUAAAAAGGAAGAAGGGUUAGCUUUGUUUUGCAUAACUUCAAAGGCAAAAAGAAAUAGGAACAGAAGAGAACUUUACAGAUGACAGUUACAGGAAUCUUCUAGGAAAGAAGUGUUCUAAAGAAGAACGGGUAAAGUAAGAUGUCCUGCUGCAGCAAGUGCCCAGAGGUUAACCCGGCCAGCUAUCCCAGGGACGGUCACGCUGGGUUGGGCAAGAUGGCAGGAAAGCUCUUUUUCAAACAAUCUUGAUAGGAGUGAGGCUGUCUAAGCCCCAGGCAGCCUUUCCGCUAUGUGUUUUGUGCUGUUGGAGGGCAGUAGAGUUGUCGAGAAGAAGUCUGUGUUUUUCCACACUUGGGUUAAAGGCCUUGAGAGUCUCAGCUGACCAGUGGGCUGAAGAGUUGGUUGAAAGGGUGAAGGUCAUCUCUGGCUUAGCCCUGUGUCAGGAGCCCUGCCUGGGCUGCUAGCAGGCACAGCACCUGUUUUGCCUUGUUCUUCCCAUCCCCUUGGCUAAUUCUUCUGCCUUGGUACUUCACCUGAACUAUUUGGACUUUUUAAGAUUUGUUUUGCCUUAAUCAAAAGAUGAAACAAAAAGUCCCUCUGCCCUAUUUAUAUUUGGCAAGCAAUUUAUCACUAAUUUUUAAGUAUGGACUACCCUCUUGGUUCCAUCAAAUUUGGUCGGCCUCUACUGUGCUUAGGGUCAUUACGGAUCACACGUAGGGAGGUGAUGUGUAGUUCAGGACUUACUGAUAACCUACCUAAAAAACAUAUAGUUGGGCAGAUUACCUUUUGAUAUGCAGAAUGUUUGCUUGCCACAGUGGUCCUCAACUUUUAUUUUUCUGUGCUUACAAAAACAAAAACAAAACCCAAAUCUAUAUUAUCAAUAUCAUAAAAAUAUGAAAAGUGGUAGAAACCAAUCCAAACGUAUUAGUUGCCACGUAGUAUCAAAAACUUGUUUUUGUGUCUAGGACUUCUGUUUCGACUUUACAGUGAAACAAGACAAAAAGAUAAUUAAGCAUUCUAAUGUAUCAGACAAGAGGUCUGCUCAGUGAUAGAGAGCCUGCCUAGGGUGCACAAGGUCCAAUGAGUGUGGUUCAAACCCCAGUGUCCCCGAAACAAACAACAACAGAAAAGAGUGGCAGUUAUUUUGAGGGCAGAGAGAUCCCUAAAGCCCCCCUUGUUGACAUAGUAUGGUUACCCUUUAGGAAAAGCUAGCCCCUUCCUCCUUACUCUCUAGACUUCUUUUCCAAUUUGCUUUCUGAUCUGCCCAAGACCUCCCCACGUUCACUGUGAGAGCUUAUCCUCAUGAGUGCUCCUUAAUUGAAAAGACUUCAUAUCUGAAGUGAGAUGGAUCUCUGUUUAGAAACAUAGUUGAGAUCAGGAGUUCAUGUCCCUAGAAGCUCUGUUCCUGAGAAAUGUAACACGUGAGCCUAUUUAUUCAUUGUGAUUCAAACGCCUAUAGAGUGUGAGCCACAGCAGGGCUCGGCCGCUUUAAAUACUUCUAAAUCAAACGUACUCAUUAAAGAAAUGGAAAUUAUUGACACUCUGACUCUGAGACUAUCCUGUGCUUACAGCUAGCAAGCCGCAAUCAUUUUCUGGAGGACUUAAGUCAUGAUUUGGCUCUGCUUUCAUCCCUGCCUCCAGUGUCACCCAAGUGUCAGGAUGGUGGCACUCAAUGUGUUGCUGAGUCUGACCUACAGAGUCACCUAUUCACAUCAAGGAACACUUGUGCUCUACACUCAGAGGGGGGGGGGGGGGGACGACACAGGUGCUGUCCACAGUUACGCUAUUGAUUCAGUUUCGUUGCUGCCAAUCAAACAAACCUGUGAGCCUCUGCCUCCUCACUGUGACAGUGACUCAUGGAAGACGCUCACAUCUGAUGGAGUGCUCAGCCAGUCCUGCUGAGUCGGGUGUUUGUCCUCCCAUCUGUAACCAUGUCCUCACAGGAGAUGGGAGUCUGAGCCAGGAAGGCGGGGCUCACAGGUGAAAUCAUGAUUUCAAAGCUGGCUUAUAUUUUGUCUUUUUUUUUUUUUUUGGUUUUUUCAAGACAGGGUUUCUCUGUAUGGCCCUGGCUGUCCUGGAACUCACUUUGUAGACCAGGCUGGCCUCAAACUCAGAAAUCUGCCUGUCUCUGCCUCCCGAGUGCUGGGAUUAAAGGCGUGUGCCACCACUGCCCAGCUGGUUUAUAUUUUUUAAUCAUCUGUUAAAGGGUAGAAAAACAAGAGAAUGAGCUGACUUUUUUUUUCCACCUUAAAGGUCUUGGGAAUUAAUUGCUAUGAGUAGGAAGCAUUGCCAUUUAUACUUUUAUAAAUUCCCCUGAUAAAAGGUGGUAAAUUUAUCUCUUCUAAGAAUGGUUGGCUCAGAUUAAUCCUAGCAGGUCUGAAGUUGAGAUUGUGAUAAGAUUAGAAUGUGAUAGAGAAUCCAAUCGAAAUUAACAAAAAAUUAAAUAAAAAUAUACCAUCUAAUAAGUGAAUCUUGUGGUAACGCUUCACUGCCACUACCAUGACAGCAUUUUAUAUAACAUUCAUUGCUCAGUAUAUUUAUUGCCUCUAUGGUUCUGAUGGGUGUUUUCGAAACAUGACCACUGUGGCGUUGCCAAUUCUGUACAAAUCACCACAUAUUAAGUAUGCUCUUUGAAAAUGAGAUUGGCUUUAGACAUUCUCAUUCCUAAUCGUGUAUUAAAGAGAUUAAGAGUGAAGGAGAUACAGGCGGGCAGAUCUUAAGUGUGGGAACAAAUGCAUGCCAGUAACAUCCCCGCGGUCGCCUAAGCAAGAGCAUGGAAGUUUUCUAUUUCUUCUAGUGUGCCUUAGCCAAUUUGCCAAAGUCCAGUCCUGUACUUUAAGAGUUGAAAGGGAGUUUGGGAAGAGCAUGCAUAUGUCAACUUACAAUUCCAAGCCAUAAAGGCAGAACAUUUCAAUAGUACUAUGUUCUGCAGAACCUGGAAAAAGGCAAAUAAAAACUGGACAUAAUGAAAAGCUACGAAAAAAACAGACUAAAGAAAAUAAAUUUCAGUAUGAAAAGAAUUGGAAACUAUCCAGCACUGGACCCUGAAAUUUAGUACGAAGCUAUAGGAAAGAAGGGGCAUCGCGGCCAUAGACAGCAAAGGUCUUCAGCUCUGCCAGGAUUGCUCAAGUGCUGUUUAAGGUACUGUUAGCAGCCAGCUUCCCUGCGGGGACAAGAUGCCACACACUAAGCUGUUGGUAAGGCAUGCUGUGACAGCUUUGUGGAGGAAAAAGUUGGGCUUUCUGUGACUAUUUAAAGGACCCAAGCAUGGAGCCAGCUAGUAUUGCUGACUGACCUGUUAUCUUCUUAGUUUCCAGAGACAAAAAGAGAGAGCACUGGGCGUUUGUUUCUUCAGGUUGUUUUUCCAGCAAUGGUUUUAUGGGUUGUUUCGCAAAAUAUCCCUCCCUGCCACUUUUUGUUGAUAUUCCAUGUCAGUAUGAUUCUUACAAUUCUUAUGCUUUAAGAACCAAGAAGUUUAAAGUAGGAGAGUGGAGACCAGCUUUCUCCUGCUCAGCCCCCCUCCCCCCUCCCCCUCCCCCUCCCCCCUCCCCACUGCUCAGAUGAUGGAAAUGCUUGAAAGCCCCCAAUCCUAUUCUGCUGUUCAACUUCAGAAUACCAGUUGAAUAUGAAGGUCAGAGGGCAGUCUCCCAAGUGGAUACUGGGGUGUGAAUACCUCAAUACCUCCAAGUUAAAGAUGUUAGGAUGUUAGGAUGUAGGAUGCUGGGAUGGUCUGUGAUCUGUGAAAGACCAUAGGAGAGAGGGGGGAAACAAGCUAAUCUGGAGCCAUCUGCAAUUUUAGCAAAGCCAAGUGAGAGAGAAGGCCGGGCACUGUACAUAAAAAAAUGUGCUUAAUUUCUUUUUCUUAGUAGCUUCUCUGUGUAUUGUGUUUGAAUAUGCUUUUAGUUUUGUUGGAGGGGGUUGGUUAUACUUACUCAGAUAGAAUGGAUCAAUUCUAACUGGUCAGAUGGAAUUCCAGCAUCCCCUCCGGGUUCAUUCCCAUGUUCUGCCUCAGAUGAAACCCCAGUUCUCACUGUGGACACUAGCCACACGGUGGCUAAAGCCUUAAGUGCCACCACUGCUCAUGCCCAUAUCUUACAGGGAGCCUCGACUGCACCAGUUCUGUGGACACAGGUGAACCCUUAGCUCUCAGCAUCAGCCUGUUGGAUUUAAGGGUUUUCAGGAAUGGUUGGUGCCUUGUGUGUCAUGAAUCCCCCGUCCCCUCCGCCAGCAUUCGUGUAUCUCUUAUGGUCACUUGCCAACAGGAACUGGACAACCCUCUGCCAUAUCGAGAAGGUUCAUCAGGAUUGGUGUUUGGAAUGGAGGAGCAUCCUUCUUCACCCUCCAUUUCUGUAAGGUCCAUAUGAAUUUCAGUGUGUCGGUGGCUGAGCCCACAAUCCAGUGAAUGCCCUGACCAUUCUGAGGCUUGUAUUUCCUGUCAUUUGUCAUUCAUCCCCACUCAGUGUAACUUCUUGCACUAUUGUGGCUCGUUUUAUGUAAAACCAGUUAACUUUAAAAAGAAUGUGCCUAUGUAAUAAUAAAGUCUACACACUGGCAAUUUCUGCAGAGGUGAUGUUUUGUUUUAGAUGUUUUCCUGAAUAAUCUGUAAUAUCUUUUGGGGGGGACUAUGAAAAGGAAGUAUUAAUAAAAAAUUUAAGCAAAGUGA